CAAUCAUCCUCUCGAUGGCUCGUCUCCCCGCCCCUAAAGGAUGGCAGUGCGGAAGCGGAAGAGACUGCAGGGCCGGGAAGCCUCUCUUUAGGCCGGCGGCGUCCUGGGCUCCGGGCCGCGCGCCGCGAUGCCGAGCCCCCGGAGGAACGCCGAGGGACGCCCGCUGGGCGCCUCCGUUUCGAGCAGCAGCAGCAGCCCCGGCAGCCCGGCCCACGGCGGCGGCGGCGGCAGGUUCGAGUUCCAGUCCCUGCUCAGCAGCCGGGCGCCGGGCACGGACCCUACCUGCGCCCGGCUCCGCGCGUCCGAGAGCCCCGUGCACCGCCGCGGCUCCUUUCCCCUGGCUGGGACCGGCCCUUCGCAGGCGCCCCCGCCUCCGCUGCCCGAGGAGGACCGCAUGGACCUGAACCCGUCCUUCCUGGGCAUCGCCCUGCGCUCCCUGCUGGCCAUCGACUUGUGGCUGUCCAAGAAGCUGGGAGUGUGCGCGGGGGAGAACUCGUCCUGGGGCAGCGUGCGGCCCCUUAUGAAGCUGCUGGAGAUCUCCGGACACGGCAUCCCCUGGCUGCUGGGCACCCUCUACUGUCUGUUCAGGAGCGACAGCUGGGCCGGGCGCGAGGUGCUGAUGAACCUGCUCUUCGCCCUGCUGUUGGACCUGCUGCUGGUGGCCCUGAUCAAGGGGCUGGUCCGUAGGCGCCGCCCGGCCCACAACCAAAUGGACAUGUUUGUCACCCUCUCGGUGGACAAGUACUCCUUCCCCUCGGGCCAUGCCACCAGGGCCGCCCUGAUGUCGCGGUUCAUCCUGAACCACCUUGUGCUGGCCAUUCCACUGAGGGUGCUGAUAGUACUGUGGGCCUUGAUCUUGGGCCUCUCCAGGGUCAUGCUGGGGCGGCACAAUGUCACCGACGUAGCUUUUGGCUUUUUCCUGGGCUACAUGCAGUACAGCAUCGUGGACUAUUGCUGGCUCUCACCGGACAAUGCCCGGGUCCUCUUUGUACUGUGGAAACAACAAUGACACCAUCCCGUUCGUUAUGGCAUCAGGAGAUCUGAAGGUUUUCACAUGCUGUGAUACUGACAUAAACCAGCAGCCACACCGCUUGUCCCUCUUAGGACCUUUCAGGCUUCCUUUGGGAUUUCAGGCGUCCUACCAUCUUGAUGGGUUGCUAGGCUGGAGCACGUGCUGGCCAUUACUGAUCACAGCCAUUUUACAGAAAGCAAAAAAAUCCCUCUAUUAUAUAUUUAUUCAACAACUGUUUAUACCUCCAGGACAACGGCAAAGAAACCAAGCUGGUGAUUAUAAUGUUGCUGUUUUUUAAAAGUUGACAUCAGUAAAACUUGUGUUUUGUAGUAAUCCUGUAAAUCAAUGUAUCACUUCUAAAUUGAACUUUGAAAACGAAACAUGAUCUUCAUUCUGUAAAUAUCCAUGCAGAUAAGCCACAUACUAAUAUUACCUAGUUCUUUUCCUGAGGUAGAUUUUAAGCAGUAUUUUAAGAGUCUAAGACACUGGUUUUUCUAGUGUAUUCCCUGAAGAUCUGUUGCCACAGUUGGGAAGAUAUUCUCUUAAUCCCGAUUUUCUUGGAGGAAGACUGAUUUAUUAUUACUCAGCUUCUCAAGAAUUCCUUCAUCUUGCUGCAGAAUUUUGAGAGCUCACAACUGAUACAGCACAAUUGGUAUAGUCUGGUCCUGUUUGCUGUCAACAAAGUGGGGCAAAUCCAGGAAAUCUUGACCUUUGUUUCAGAGCUGCAUGUCUGAUGAAACCACAGCAUUUGUCACUUGUACAAGGCUAACCAGAUUUUCCGGGACUGUAACCUGUCGGCAUUGUGCUUGUAAUCAUGGCCAGGACAGAAACCUCUAUAGGUUGGAGGCAAAGCUGCAUGACAAUCUGUCAUAACUACAAAUGGAAGGGUUGAAAAAAUGGAAGCUGAAAUAAGAGGAAUGACUGACACCAAACAGGAACAAUGGAGUCACUCUGCCACAGCACCUCACUUAAACAGAAUUCAGUAGAUGAUUAUAACAGUCGUUGAUUGAUUGAUUUCCCUUUUGGAAUUAGCAAAUCAGAGCCAUCUCUAGGGGAAGUAGCUUAGGAAAUAUUUGAUUGGUUCAUAGAGGUGGCAAAUUAUCAGGAAGCGAGGGGGCUUUUUGAAUUUCCUCCCUGGUUAUUUAAAGGCUGGGUUUUUAAAUUCUUUCACAAAUCUUUACCUUGGAAAACAAAAAUAAAAUCCUUCUUGGACUUAAUGCAGGGUUAUUUUAAAAGAACAGAAAAUUUCAGGAUAAAGCCAAGAAACAAGUCGGCUUUAGGGGGCGAGGUUGAGCUGAACUAAAGGUUAGGAAGUCAGGGAAGAUGAAUGUAGAGAAUCUUAAUGACAGGUACGAUAUGUCCCAAAAGUUAAUGAUGUACGUGUGGGGAGGUGGGGAGGAGGUGGUGAAAACGUCCCGGGACCAUUUAAGAAGCCUAGGCAAGGAGUCUGAUUUGGGGAAAGGAAGGGAGGUUCGCCGAUCUCUCUUACCGCCCGGAUCUGCAGCUCCACCACCACCUCCAGAGGCAUCGUUCCCUGCGUGGGCGAAAGAACUGGAUAAAAAGAUCCUUUUGUGCUGAGCCUUGGACCGGUUUUUCUUAGUUUAGCUCAAUCCCUCGGGCAAAUGUUCCCAGCAGCUUCUCGAGCCCCCCACCCCCUCGAACCCCCAUCCGUCCUCCCCAGCCCGGGUCCCUCCCACUGGGACCGGUCUCACACUACCGGAGCUGGAGCCAAGGCUUCCAGAAGGCGGAAGCGUCGCGUUGCCAUGGACACUCAAACGCUCAACCUUCCACCCUGGAACUCGAGCGAGGCCCCCGGCGCAGGCGUGCGCGCCCCCUAUGCUCCGCCUGGAACGCGCGGUCCCGAUGUCGGCUUCCCAGGGUGUGCGCUCUCGGGACAGAAUGACCCGGUACUGUCGUUUCGGCCGGAUUGCUAGAUGCUAAGAGCCCUAGUCUCCUUUCCACCAACUCUCUUUAUGGCCCCCGAUCAGUAUGUUAAAAUGUUUAGUGUGCCAAUUCUAAAAGUGGAAUGUGAUCAUAGCUCCGUUAUAAUUUAAGUACUACCCAUUUUUAGUAGUUAUACGAGUCCCAAGCCCUGGAAUUUCUGUAACAAUUCCAAUUGUAAUAGAGGAGCCUUUCCCUAAAGGUACUCUCUUGCUUAUUAAAUGUUAUGUUCUCAUGUUUGGU